UUCUCCUCCACUUCUGCAUCUAAAGAGACAAGCACGAACUUCCUGUGUGAUCUCCGUUCAGCUGACUUCACCCUGGCUGCCUCUCUGGGAGGCUUACAGGCUGUGCAGUCCGGGGGAUAGAGAGCCUUCUGUGGGUGGUGUACAGCUCGCAGAGACGCUUGGAAUAUUCUUGCAGAAGCAUCAACAGAAGAUCAGCAGCAGCAGCCAUAAAUGUGGAUUGUUUACACCGGUCGGUCGAGCCGUUCCUGCUUCCCCGCCUCCCAGCGACUCCGAGCGGCCGACUGUGCUCAGCAGCGUAGCCGCAGAUAGCGUCAGUGGAACGGGGCUGAUGGCCCUGGUGCUCGGCCCGGCCUCCAUCACCCUCAGCGUCUGCCCGUGAGACUCCUAGAGAGCUACAAAGCCACACCGCUACAUCUAGUCGCCUCAAGUCCCGUGGGAAGAGCGGAGAAAGGAGAGGCGGAGCGGGGCUCAGCAUCGCACCGUGCAUGGUGCUGCGGUGUCGGAGGGAGUGGAUGUGCAGCCAGAGCUGACCCAGAGAUGGCUGUUCUCAAACUGGCCGACCAGCCUCCUCUCAUCCAGGCAAUCUUCAGUGGAGAUUCUGAAGAGAUCCGUAUGCUCAUUUACAAGUCUGAAGACAUCAAUGCUCUGGAUGCAGAGAAGCGCACUCCGCUGCAUGCAGCAGCCUUCCUGGGCGAUGGCGAGAUCACCGAACUCCUCAUCCUCUCGGGGGCACGUGUCAACGCCAAAGAUAACAUGUGGCUGACCCCUCUCCAUCGCGCUGUUGCAUCUCGGAGUGAGGAGGCUGUUCGAGUCUUGAUCCGCCACUCUGCUGACGUGAACGCGCGGGACAAGAACUGGCAGACGCCGCUGCAUGUUGCUGCAGCGAAUAACGCGCUGCGAUGUGCUGAGAUCAUCAUCCCACUGCUGAGCAGCGUCAACGUGUCAGAUCGUGGCGGACGCACUGCCCUCCACCACGCUGCCCUCAACGGCCACACUGAGAUGGUAAACCUUCUCCUCACUAAAGGAGCCAACAUCAAUGCCUUCGAUAAAAAGGAUGGCCGAGCUCUGCACUGGGCAGCUUUCAUGGGUCACUUGGAUGUGGUGUGCCUGCUGGUAAGCAAAGGUGCAGAGAUCAGCUGCAAAGACAAACGAGGAUACACUCCGCUUCACACGGCAGCCUCCAGUGGACAGAUUGCCGUCGUCAAACACCUGCUCAACCUGUCUGUUGAGAUAGAUGAGCCCAAUGCAUUUGGAAACACGCCUCUCCACGUGGCCUGUUUCAAUGGUCAGGACGCUGUUGUCAGUGAGCUGAUCGAUUAUGGGGCCAAUGUCAGCCAGGCCAACAACAAAGGCUUCACCCCGCUGCACUUUGCUGCUGCCUCCACACACGGAGCGCUCUGCCUGGAGUUCCUGGUCAACAAUGGGGCCGAUGUCAAUGUACAGAGUCGGGAUGGAAAGAGUCCUCUCCACAUGACUGCGGUUCACGGACGGUUCACUCGCUCCCAGACCCUCAUCCAGAACGGCGGAGAGAUCGACAGUGUGGACAAGGAUGGCAACACUCCCCUUCACAUUGCUGCUCGCUAUGGCCACGAGCUCCUCAUCAACACGCUUAUCACCAGCGGAGCCGACUGCACCAGGCGUGGAGUCCACGGGAUGUUUCCUCUUCACCUGGCUGCCUUGAAUGCGCACUCUGACUGCUGCCGGAAGCUACUGUCGUCAGGCUUUCAGAUAGACACUCCAGACACGCUGGGAAGGACCUGCCUCCACGCUGCUGCUGCCGGAGGUAAUGUGGAUUGUGUCAAGUUGCUCCUGAGCAGUGGAGGAGACCACAACAGGAGAGAUAAGUGUGGCAGGACUCCUCUUCACUAUGCGGCUGCCAGCCGUCACUAUCAGUGUCUGGAGACUCUGUUGGCAUGUGGCACUGCCAUAAAUGCCACAGACCAGUGGGGGCGCUCCGCCCUGCACUAUGCUGCUGCCUCAGACCUGGAUAGAAGACGUCGUGUUGCUCUGGAGCCAGAGAGUGAAGGCGUUCAGGCAGAAAGGGAGAAGGAGGCAGCACUAUGUUUGGAGUUCCUGCUUCAGAGCGGUGCUACGGCCUCACUGAAAGACAAACAGGGUUACAGCCCUGUCCACUACGCCGCAGCCUAUGGACACAGGCACUGUCUAGAACUGUUGCUGGACAGAGAUGGCGGUCACCAAGACGACUCUGAAUCUCCACAUGCCAGGAGCCCGCUGCACCUCGCUGCGUACCAUGGCCAUGCUCAGGCCCUGGAGGUGCUGCUGCAGGGGGAGAGAGAGGUAGACCAGGGGGACGAGAUGGGGAGGACAGCUCUGGCGCUGGCUGCUCUCCGUGGUCACUCUGACUGUGUUCACACCCUCCUCAGCCAGGGAGCAUCGCCACGCACUACUGAUAAGCAGUAUGGACGCACCCCGGUGCACCUUGCAGUGAUGAAUGGUCAUACUACGUGUGUGCGCCUCCUGCUGGAUGAAUCAGAUAAUUCAGACCUCGUGGAUGUUGCUGACUCUCAGGGACAGACUCCUCUGAUGCUCGCGGUGGCCGGAGGUCACGUUGACGCCGUGUCGCUGCUGCUGGAAAGGGAAGCCAAUGUCAAUGUGGCCGAUAACCACGGCCUCACAGCGCUGCACCUCGGGCUGCUGUGUGGUCAGGAGGAGUGCGUCCAGUGUCUGCUGGAGCAGGAGGCUUCGGUUUUGCUCGGCGACUCGCGCGGUCGUACAGCCAUCCACUUGGCCGCUGCCCGAGGCCACGCUUCCUGGCUGAGUGAGCUGUUGAGCAUCGCCUGCUCUGAGGCGCCAUCCUUGCCCCCGCUGAGAGACCACAGCGGAUACACACCGCUGCACUGGGCCUGUUAUUAUGGUCAUGAAGGGUGUGUGGAGGUCCUGCUAGAACAGAAAGGCUGCCGCUGUAUUGAUGGGAACCCCUUCACCCCUCUGCACUGCGCUGUAACCAAUGAUCACGAGCCAUGUGCAUCACUGUUGCUGGAGGCGAUGGGUUCAGACAUCACUGGCUGCUGCGAUGCUAAGAGCAGGACUCCUCUUCAUGCUGCAGCAUUUGCCGGUCAUGUCGAUUGUGUCCAGUUGCUCCUUUCCCACGAUGCACCUGUGGAUGUCGCAGAACAGUCGGGUCGCACUGCGCUGAUGAUGGCGGCUCAGAGGGGCAGGGUCGGGGCUCUUGAGGUGCUGUUGACCAGCGCCAGUGCCAACCUCAGUCUGACUGACAAGGACGGCAACACCGCCCUGCACCUGGCUUGCAGUAAUGGGAAGGAAGACUGUGUGUUGCUGAUCCUCGAGAAGCUGUCUGACACUGCGCUCAUUAAUGCCACGAAUGCAGCGCUGCAAACUCCUCUGCACCUGGCGGCUCGUAGCGGUCUGAAGCAGGUGGUCCAGGAGCUGCUGUCCAGAGGAGCCAACGUUCAGACGGUGGAUGAGAACGGUCUGACGCCUGCUCUGGCUUGUGCUCCUAGUAGAGAGGUGGCUGACUGUUUGGCUCUCAUUCUGGCUACCAUGAUGCCUUUCUGCUCACCUUGCAGCUCUGGAGCUCCCUCCCCAGGGUCCUUGUUGAGGCAUAUACCCCACCAGGGGGGUAAAGGCCUAUCCACUGGCCCUCGGGCGUCACGCAGCCCCAGGAACCCCUCGGGACCAUCCAGCGAGGGAACCACGGAGAACGACUCAGAGGAUUCCGAAACUUUCUGACCCCUCUGAACCGACUCUCUAGCUUCCUACCUCCAAGAGUGCACGUGAACGUCUUACCUCUCUCCUCGUCGAGGAAUGAUGCAGUGUUUGAGUGCACAACUGAGGGAGAAGGAUAGAGACUUGGUCAUUCAUAGAGCCCAUAAAAGUUCAAUAUUAAAUAAAUAACUUGUGGACAAUAACUAGUUGUAAGAUGAGUUGGAAUAUUUUCUAAUAGAUGGUUAAAUAAUAUUCAUAUUUCUCUUCUAUUUGUUUAAUAUUGAACCUUUGGUGCUCCACAUGCAGUGUCUAUAUCUUCUGUUCCUCAUAUUGGGAACAUGAACACGAACUGAAUCGCUCUGCUUUGACGCCAGGCUGGAGACCCUGCAGCUUUUUUUUUUUAAUGCUCUUUUUUUUAAAAGAAAAACCAAGAUGGGAGCAGCUGCACUGCCCAGGACUGACUGACUGGAGCCCAACGAGUCGCUCCGUGAACAAGAACUCGAUCUGGACCAGUUUGGGUCUGCAUGCUUGUGUUAAUUUACACCACGGUUCAUUCUUUCUACUCACGGGUGCUUAAAUCCAAACGACCUCGGUACUAAGUCUCUGCACGGCACAGCAGCUCGCUGCGGAGACUCGUGUUGUCUUUUUUAAAAGAAGCCAUUUUUAACUGUUUGUACAAAACGAAGGAGACUAUUAAGAAAUCAGAGUGUAAUUUUAAACUUUUUAUGAUUUAGGCUUGUUGUACCAAAUAUUUGACUUCCACGAGUAAAUAAUGAACAUGUGGCAAAAGGUCACAUAAACAGGUACAUAGAGCUUGUUUUUAACUGUUUAACAGCUGAAGCACAAAUUUGUAGGUUUUUGUUUGGUUUGGAUGACGUUUGGAUAGAAUGUGAAUUCUGUGGCCUCUCCUAGAGACGUUCCUAGUUCAACUGUAGACCAGAAUAGAGGAUACGAAACACUAGGUACAUCUCAAUGACCUUAACAUCGAGAAAUCCAGAUGAAACAGCCCUGACAAAACAUUCCUCAAGUCUGAUUAAGAGUUCUGUGGUAAAUCAUGGUAGGGCUUACCAUGUGUAACCCACAUAAGUGGCUGUCAGCAUUUAUGCUUGUGCUGGUUCAUUACAUGUUAAUUACCAAGUGGGUAUGUCCACUGAUGUUUCCAGCUGAUGGAAACAUCCUGGGUAAACGUAUUUGUCCCUGAAAUUUUUCCACUUCUUUCCACAUUCCCUCACGUCAAUUAAUAAAUAAAUAUCCCAAGUUCGUUUCAGUUCCACAGUCACGUGUGUUUCAGCAUAACUUUAAAUGCUAAUGCAAACACUCAGGCACAAAGCUGUGUUCAGAAGAGCUGAACAGUAAUAAUGAUAGUCUGUUAAUGUUAAAUAAGUUAACGUUAGCCUCAAGAGGACAUGGAUACAUGCUAUGUUAGCAUAAUCCUGACAAAUCUUUUGCUAUGUUAGCCAUUCUAGACGUUUCAUGUUGAAGGAUGCAUUUAAAUCUGAUUUAAUUUUAUAUUAAUCAAAGCGUGGUACAUUUUAUGGUAGUAUAGUAGCUACACAGAUAAGUCAAAAUCCUAGUUCAAUUAAAAAAAGGAUUGCGUUAGCAGUGCUGUUAGCCUAAAGAAAAUAGCUGCUACAUUAGCACAAAGUGUUUUUAUUAUAUUAGAUCAAAGCUAGUGGUAUCUAAUGUUAUUGUUCAGGACAUUUUUCAAAACAUUCAGUAUUGUCAGUAUGUGGUGUAAAGUCAAGAACUAAUGUAUCACAGGUGGAGUUGUAGAUAUCAACCAUGGGGGUUAGCAUUGCUACUAUGCUAAAACCAGCCUGGGGGUUCUUCCAGUUUAAAACCAGACUGAAGAGAUAAAGACGCUUGUGUCCACCACUUGAAUGAGUUCCUGUGGCCAUGAAACAAAGGCUGUUCUCUUGAUUCUUUGAAGCACCAUCUGUACUUUUAAUGGAGUGAUGUGAUAAGGUAAUGGGGAUGUACCUAGUGAUGAAUAUAAGGUCUGUGGAGAUCAGAUUGAAAGAUGAGAUUAUGACUAAGAUUUAUGCAUUUUGUCCUCUGGCCUUGAAUGGCCAUCUGCACUGUUUUCACUCCAUUUGUAUCCCUACCUGUUGUGUUGUGCAUGCUUGCACACUUCCAGACAAAGCUUCUUUUUUUGUACUUUAAUGUGUAAUCGUAAAUGCCCAGAUUCUCAACAAAGACCAAAUUUCUGAGGCAAUGAAAAGCUCUGUUUAGCUCUGUUGUGCUAUAUAUGAUCCAUUACACGAUGGUACAAACAAUGCCAGCACUUAAAUGUAAAUUAACACAGGGCUUUGACCACUUUCCUCACAUUCCUCCCCACUGUUUGUCGCUCUGCCAGCUAUGUGCCAUUGUUUCAAAUGUGUCCAGUGCCUUGAUGAGUCUUUUUUUCUUUUAUGACAUAUCCUGUGCUAGUAGUUGGAAAGGAUGAGUUCACUAUUAUUGCAAAAUAGGAAAAGUGUUGGUGGUACCGAGUGGUGCAGAUUUUAGCCAUGCUUUGAGAGAUUUACCUCAGACCUCUACCAGCAGCAAGGUGGAGGACGUUUUAUUGUUUGUGUAGGUUUUUCGCCUUUUGUACACACCGGACACUUUUAAAAGUGAGAAGAAAGUUCCAAACCAGCCGUCAGUUAUGAGGAGCUGCUAAAUGGAUUUGAAGGUCAAACUUGUAAAACCAGACUUGAUGUGCUGCUGUGGUCAUAUGAUGUGACUGAAAGCACAGUUACUGAAUGGACCUAUAAAUAUAAAUCUCACUGCAAGAAGAAAGAAGGAAUACUUGAUUCAUCGUUUAAGUUGGGAAAUUACUGAAACCGUGAAAACAGCGAGCUCUUUCUCCUCUCUGUGGAGGUGCAAAUCUUAAAACCUGGACAAACAAAAACUAGGCGUGGCUGAGCACCACCAGGUACCAACAGUUUUUUUGAAAUUGUGUGAAAUUAUUCUUUAAUGCGUUGAGCUAAAUAUGAGUCGCUAUGUUGUAUUGAAUGACAGUGUUUGACACAGUUUUGGUUGUUUUGUCUCCUUAAACCUCUGAGGUCUAAGUCAUCAUUUGUUUUUGAGUUUUUGGAAAAAAUGUGAAUUGUUUUUCGUGUUGUCAGUUGAACUGAUUUUUUCUUUGGCCCCUGAUUGCCAAGAUUUUGGAGAACAAAGUAAUAAAAAGGAAAAAAUGAUGUUUGCUUGCCGAGGGUAGGGUCGGGGUCACCACCUGUGACAACUUAGACCCAAGAGAGUUAAAGGCUGGAGAUUUAAUCCCCCUAAUUUUAUUGUCAACAAAUCCACUGCUCCAUAAAUCCUUUUGUUCCUCAUGAAAAGUCCGAUGAUUUCCACUGAAAUGUCCAGGAACCUUCCAAAAGAACUAAAAGUCUCUUUGGCUCUGGUUACCUGUGUGACUGUCAGUUUCCUUUUGUUUAUAAUAUUUAUCUCACCAGCUGAUUCCCAUUGAUGUGGAUGACCAUUAGGCAGCAACAGCAAUAAAUUAAGGAGGUUUUACAGUCAGACCUCAUACUCUCCUGCUAGAUGAUUAACUCGUAAUACUCACCCAGUUGUAUACUUUGGAAGGCUUUGAUUUCCAAAGUAUUCCGAGUGGAAAGCAUUUUAUUCUUCUGUUAUUGUUACAUGAGUGAGUCUUACUACAGCAAGAUCGAUUUCAACUUUGUAACAACAGUCAAGGCCUGUGGCUCAGAGCAAGGACUUAGUUAUCCGUCAUUUGUUGACAAUAAGAAAAAAAGACAAUAUCUCCAGCCGUGUGUGUGUGUGUGUGUGUGUGUGUGUGUGUGUGCACUAGCUUAGGUACUGAUAUGAAAUCCACCUGCUUUUUUGUACAUUAUGUACUGUAAGGAAAAGCUUUGUAUGAAGAAAAUCUCCAUCCCAGAUGGUUUUGUUUGACUUUGGAUUUAAAACGUAAUGAGUUGUGAAUCCUGUUAGCUGCCAGAUAAGCACACGUAUUGUUAGCAAGCACAGUCUUUACUGCCUCCGCUGUCCCUGAGAGACAGAGCCUGUCCGCCAGUAUUCAACCAGAAAAUGAGCUUCAGCAGGCCUGACAAUCGUCGUGUGAUUUUCAUACCAGUUCCUGAUGCAGUAUGGCAUGCUGAGGACUGUUUGUCACCUCCACUUUGUUUUAUAUUAACUGUACAACAAUAAAAAUCUGU